GUAUUCGAGUACAAUAGCACAGUCAGGUUGGAUCAGCCAAACUACUCGAGUACCGGUACAGUACUAGCGGUAACCCGUAAUUGAUAAAACAAGAGGAAUUUCCCGUACUUUUGCUAAUUUCGGGAUUUUCCUUCUUCCAUCUUUCUUUCCUUCUUCCGCCCCCUUAACUUUAAUCAAAGAAUUGAGCACCGCACCGCUCCGGGAAUAGAGCACAGUACAUUACGCGACCUCCCGCCAACUCGAGAACAAAAGAGAGAAAUGUCGAAUAGAGACAGGUUCGAAGACACAAUUCCCCUCCGAGAGCCAUACCAGCACCACACAAUGCUCGACCCGGACGCCAAAUCCAGCCCCACCUUCCCUCUCCACCGCAAAAAGCGAAGGAUAGACUACUGGGCGUGGGAAUGGCUCGCCAUCCUGGUCUCAUUCCUGGCCAUUGUCGCGAGCACGAUCGUGCUGUUGCUUUUCGAUGAUCGUGCGAUUCCGGCGUGGAGUUGGUCGUCCGGGGGCAUCAGUGUUAAUGCUAUAUUGUCGUUGCUGUCGACAUUGUCGAGGGCUUCCUUGUUGGUGCCUAUCGACGAGUGCAUGGGACAGUUGAUGUGGCUUUGGUUUUCGAAGAGGGAGAGGAGGUUGGCGGAUGUGGAGGUUUAUAAUCAGGCCUCGAGGGGCCCAUUGGGGGCCCUGAAGUUGUGCUGGAGGCAGAAGGGGUGGGGUCUGGGAUGUUUGGGGGCCCUCCUAAUGGUUUGCUCAAUGGGACUCGGCGUUGCACAACAGCAACUUCUCUCAUACCCCAACCGCUCCAUAAUCCAACCCAACUCAACCUCAACGGUGACCCGCGCCGAGCGCUUCGACACAUACCAAAACGUGACCACUUCCGGCACGACCACUCCGGAGAUCUCCUUCUCUCUCCUCUCAUCAAUCUACAACGCUGCGCUCUCCGGCUCCUCCACGGGGAAAUUCUCUACGGUGAACCAACCAUUCUUCACCUGCACUAGUGGGAACUGCGAGUUCCCGCCGUUCGCAACGCUAGCAGUGUGCAGCGAGUGCUUCGAUGUCAGCGACAAAGUGCAGUCCAGCUGCGACGCGGACAACCUCUGCACGGCCGAGUUCGGUGGGAUGAGGGCGCAGAGCUGGCAGCAGCCGGAUAACAACAACAUCAACACCAUCCUGAACCAGACCUACCUCGCUUUAGGCAGCUCGACCAUGCUGAAUAGCGGGGUUGCGAGCAGGAGUAGUCCGUUUUCCACCCUGGCGCAUUUGCAGGCUCGCAGCGAGAACGGAAAUUGGCCGCCGAAGUAUCAUGGUACGGAGUGUGCGCUCUUCUGGUGCGUCAAGACCGUGAGCGCGAAGGUUCAUAAGGGGGUUUACGCCGAAGAAGUCAUUUCUACGAAUACGGACAUUACCAACGGGACCAAUGGGGAGCGGAGCUUUUCGUUGACUAAUGGGACCCAGGUGACUUCCUUCGUGAUUACCCCACUGGCACAGGAGUCUAUUCAGGGUCCCAAGGGCGUUACGAAUCUCUUAUCAGGAUGGGCUAAGGGGUCAGGAUAUAGUCGUGUUUUCUCGUCGGACCUAAUGCAGGGCUUCAGCACUCAGGCGAAUGUGACGGAGGUGAUGUCCCGCGUGGCCACCGCCAUGACCAAUCGCGUUAGAGACUUUGACGGUCUGACCCCGCCGGUGAACGGAACGACUAUGGCGAAGCAGUCCUUCAUUCGUGUGAGGUGGCCGUGGCUCGCUUUCCCGGUGACACUUUGGGUCUUCUCCUUGAUAUUCUUGCUGACGAUCGUGGUCAAGAGCCGAGAGGGGGAGACGAAGUGGGGGAUGCGUGCUUGGGGUGCUAACUCACUGGCUCUGAUGUUUCAUGGGUUGGAUGAGGAUUCUAGGAAUCGUGUUCGCGAGGGCGAGUGGGAGGAAAUGGAGGAUCUUAGUGAGAGGUUGUGGGUGAAGCUUGAGAGGGGUGAUGAGGGGUUGAAGUUGAGAGCUCGGAGGAUCGAUGAGUAG